AUGACUCCUAAACCGACCAGAUUCCACCCCAAUAUCAUCAUCACAGGCACUCCUGGAUGUGGCAAAACCAGCCUCUCCAAGAAACUCGCCGAAAGUCUCCCAGAAGCAAACUACACCCACUACAACAUCAGUGAACUCGCCAAAGACAGAGAUUGCAUUGAAAGCUACGACAAAGAACGUGAUACCGGCGUUGUAGACGAAGAUAAGCUUCUAGAUGGGUUGGAAGAUGAUCUCAGAAAAGGAGGAGCCAUUGUGGACUGGCACUGUUGCGAUAUUUUCCCCAAACGCUUGAUUGACCUUGUGGUUGUACUCAGAACAGACAACUCCUUGUUAUAUGAUAGAUUGAAGGCUAGGAAGUACAGCGAUAAGAAGAUCGAUGAGAAUAUUGACUGUGAGAUCAUGGAGGUGAUUUUGAACGAUGCCAAUGAGGCGUACAAUAAGGAGAUUGUGAUUUCUUUGGAGUCGAACAGUGAAGAGGAUGUGAAGGAGAACCAGGGCAGGAUUGAGGCCUGGGUGGAGAUGUGGAGGAAGGAUCAUGACGAGGGAGUGACCAAUGAGGUCAGUGACGAAGGAACUGGCCUCGAGGAGGGUAGUGAAGAGGAGACCAGUGACGAAGAGGCCAGUGACGAAGGAACUGGUCUCGAGGAGGGAGAAGACGAUGAAGAGGACAGUGAAGAGGACAGUGACGAAGGAGCUGGCCUCGAGGAACAAGGAGACGACGCGAAGGAAGAGCCUGUGGCUAAGAAGAGAAAGACAGACGCUUAA